AUGUCUGCAGCAGUUGGAGGCGCUCCUCCCGCCCAUGGGCAUAACGAUUCUGUAAACGGAAGAAAUCCCACCAUCCCUGCCAUCCCCUCUGUCAACGGGAGCGUUUCACUACCUGAUCAUACGCGCAAACCGUCAAUGACAGUUACACCAGCUGGCACCACUGGCUUUGCGGCAAACGGCGGUGCUCCUGGAGGUCCUCAAAACAAGCCGGGAAAUAUUCAGUUCGGUUCGUUGGGAGUGGCAAACCCUGCUGGUUCCCCUGCGAUGGGCACACCCCCUUCGUUGGCGCACCAAAACUCGGCAAAUCUCAGUGUGAGCCAACUGAAUCCUCGCGCAACAUCUCCUUCAAAUUCUCCCUCACCGAUUCCUCAACCUGCUUCCGUCAGUGGCGGUCGCCCUCCUACUGGUUUUCAGGGUCCACAAAAUGGAUAUACAUUCGGACAGCUCUCAGGCGAUCAAAAUGACCCAAGUGGCAUGACCAGGCCGAUGUCUCAACUACAAUUUGGACCUCAACAAGAGCAUAUGAGACGAGGCUCUUCGCAGUCGAUCCACAGCGAUGUCGGUGGCCCAGGUAUCCCAGCGGGCCCGACCCGUGGCGGCUUUCCAGGUGGUCCAGGUCGCGGGAGAGGCUUCAAUCCUCCAUAUCAGCAACAGCCCAUGCAUUUCUCUCCCCAACAACAAUUCCGACCUACCUCGAACGGACGCUCAUUCCAAACCGGAUAUCAAGGUCGAGGUCAGCCACUCCCUUACCAAGGAUCUCCCGCCAUGGGCACCCGUAGCCCUGCUCUUGUCAACGCCCAACCAGGAACGCCGAAUAUGGGAGGUCAAAUACAUAUGGUACAGCCCGGGAUGCAACCUCAACCCAAUGGAUAUUAUAUGGGACCCCAACAUGUAAAGAACCACCCGCAGUUUUCUUCUUCCCGUGAUCCCGCAAGAGAACCCAUGAGAGAGAGGGGCAAACCUACGAGAGGCCGGAACCGUGGCGGUCGUGGAGCUGGUCGCGGUAAAGGCCCUGGUAGAGGUGGACACGAGGAGGGAUCAACUUUUUACAGCAAAGAUCCAGCCUCGGACUACUACCGCCCCGAUCUCGCGCAUCAAUCUGUUCAAGUUGUCCCCGAACUUGUGCAAACCCCCAUUCAAGUUGUCACAAAUAAUCCCAGUGUACUUCCCUACCCUGACCUAUCCCCUGAGUCUGGCAAUUUUGAGCGUUAUUCAGAACACUUUCUGACUGCGAGAGCACAGGCCUUCCCCAUGACGCAGGCUGAUCCUAGUAUUCAGCAAAUGUAUCUGCAGCAAAUGUAUGCCCCAGGCGGCAUGCAGCCUCAAUACAAUGCUCAAUACGGCAUGCAGCCCCAAUCCCCUCGCCCGCACUUCAACCAGGGCAUGUAUGCACCCAGCAUGCAGCCUUCAUACAGCAACCAGGGCGGACCGCCGCCUUCGAUGUCGAGGCAGUCAUCCCAAAUAUCUGCUCCUGACCGACCUGGUUCCAGCAUUGGCCAACAGCCGCCGACUCCAGGCCCUACCGGGCCCCCGCAUCCAGCCAAUCGAGCCCCGAGUGUGUCUUCGCAGAAGUCAAACUACACAAUUCCCCCAAAGAAGAGUGCAGCCAUCACAAUCAAGAACACUGCAGGCGAGGUUGUCUCUUUUAACAAGUCGCCUGCGUCGCCUGCGAACGCGACUCCGGUCUCGGCUACAGUUCCCCCACAGCCUGUGUCCACGCCUCCCAGUCGGACUGCCAGCGCCGCCGACAAUGCUCACGGCCGGACAGAAAGCGUCAGCACAAAGUCUGCAGAAGAGGUGAAGAAGCAAAUGCAAGAAGCUGUGGCCAAGAAGAUCGCAGAAGACGAGGCCAGGUUGAAACUGGAGAAGGAGAAGGCCGAAAAGGCAGAGAUGGAGAAAGAAGCUGCAGCGCUGGCCGAGCGGGAGGCUGCCGAGGCUCAGGCCAAGGCGGAGGCGAUGGAGAAAGAGGCCAAAGAGGCCAAAGAGGCUGCGGAGAAAGCUGAGGCUGCUAAGCAGGCUGAAGAGACAAAGCCGGAAGAGGCUCCAGUAGCGGCCACCAAUCCGCAGCAGGACGAGCUCGACUUGGAUGCCCUUGCUGCUGAAAUGGAGGCCGAGGAGGCUGCCAGGGAAGCAGAAGAACUGAGGCGUGAAGAAGAAUACAAAAAGAAUAAAGCUGCUCGACUCGAGGCCCAGCGAAAGAAGGAGGAAGAAGAGGCCGCGGCUUACGAGGCCAACAUGAAGGAGUUGGAGCGCAAGGCCGAAGAGGAAGAACUAGCCCGUGAAAAGGAAAAGGCUGAAGGUGCAUCAGGAGAUGAAUCCAGCAAGAAACUCUUCGCUGAGCUCAAGCCCAAUCCAUUCGGUACGCCUGCUUCUGUUGACAGCCCCGCUGGUCCGACAACGCCCGCCGAAAGCGGAACAGCUACGCCAGUCUCGGACGUGUCAAUGCCUCCUCCUGCAAAGGCUCCUGGUCGUCGCACCAAGGCUGCCGAGCUCACUCUCGAUACCAAGAAGCCUGUGGAGCCACCCGAGCCAAGUGCAACGCUGAAAGCCCUGCAGUCUGCCAAGAAGCUUGGUGAUAUCUCCAAGGUUGUUUAUCCGUCAGAUAUCGCAUCGCCCAACCCUGCACUGAACGCAAACGCCCCGGCCGAUCGCGGUUUCAAGUACAAUAAAGAGUUCCUACUCCAGUUUCAGAGUGUAUUCAAAGAGAAGCCGACUCUUGACUGGGAUGCUCGCAUUCGGGAUGCGUUGGGCGAUGGAGACGCUUCGGCGAGACCGAGUGCAUCGGCCAGGACUCCUUCGGGCAUGGGUAACCGCAGUGCUUCAGCCCGCGGACCUCCUCCUAUGAGCAAUUUUGGGCCCAUGGGCACGUUUGGUGGCGGAGUUAAUAGAUCAACCCUCCCACCAGGUACGACUUCAGAGCAACGCUUCGCUGCAUCGAACGCCGCCAUGAGGAGUGGAGCCAUGGCGACGAAUCCCUUUGCUCAAUUCGGACGGCCUGGAGGUCAGAUGCCGCCUUCCAUGGGUGGCCGAACGCCCUCUAACAACCCUCUGGGACCUAUCCCUGGCUCUCCUCGCGUUGGUGGUGCAAGUCGUGGGGGCUCGCGUGCUGAGAGCAAGCGCGCAAAGCAGAAUGCUAAGCAACAUCAAGAAGAAAACAAAUCCAUGCCUCUUACUGCUGGCAUGUCUAUCACAGCUCUCGAGACCUCAGCGACUGGAUGGAAACCAAGGAGCCUCGUGCAGACCAUCGUUUCCGGGCCUGCUCCCGGUGGUGAAGGCUUAAUGGACCCCGAGACUGUGCAACGCAAGACCAAGGCGCUGUUGAACAAGAUGACGCCCGAGAAAUUCGACAGAAUCUCGGAUCAGAUCUUGGAGAUCGCGGCUCAAUCUAAACACGAAAAGGACGGUCGAACACUACGUCAAGUUAUCCAGCUCACUUUUGAAAAGGCCACUGAUGAAGCUCACUGGGCAGGCAUGUACGCCUCGUUCUGCCGACGCAUGCUGGAGAGCAUGAGUCCGGACAUCAGAGACGAAGGGAUCAAGGACAAGAACGGCAAUGUCGUGACAGGUGGUAAUCUGUUCCGGAAAUACCUCCUCAACCGUUGUCAAGAAGAGUUUGAACGCGGCUGGAAGGUCAAUCUGCCUCCCCGACCGGAGGGAGAAUCCGAAGAGGCCGUCAUGCUAUCGGACGAGUAUUAUAUUGCAGCAGCUGCCAAGCGCCGCGGUCUCGGUCUGGUCAAAUUCAUCGGUGAAUUGUUCAAGUUGUCCAUGUUGACCGAACGAAUCAUGCACGAGUGUGUCAAGAAGCUCGUGGAUUACGAAGGCACCCCGGAUGAAGCCGAAAUUGAAAGCUUGACCAGCUUGCUGCGGACAGUUGGCAAACAGCUUGAUAACCCCGAGAGCAAGGCACAAGGACGAAUGGACCUUUAUUUCGAGCGCAUCAAGUCCAUGAUAGACAUCCCGGAUCUUCCCAGCCGUCUCAGAUUUAUGCUUAUGGAUGUCGUUGAUCUACGGGCCAAGGGAUGGGCGUCCAAGGAAGACAAUAAAGGCCCUAAGACCAUCACCGAGAUUCGUGAAGAGGCAGAACGCCAGGCGCGUGAGGACGAGCUCCGGAGACUUGCGACCCAGUCCGGUGGUCGUGGAGGCGGAGGUCGGAUGCCAAUGGGACGUGGCGAUGCACGAAGUUUCAGCGGCUUCGGAGGACAAGUUCCGCCUCCUGACACGUCAAACCGAGUGGGUUCCGAUGACCUUCGAAAACUUGGUAACCGUAACGCUCGCCACCCCAGCCAUACGUCUGGUCCCGGUCCAUUGGGACCACCCAGCCUGAUGGGCGGGCGUACCAACAGUGGGCGUCGUGGGCUCGGACCGGGUGGUCUUUUGGGGCGAGGAGAUGACAGUGCUACAAGCAGCCGAACAGGAACACCUCCGGCUCAGAAAGACAAGGAGAAGAAGGAUGAGUCUAGCACAAAUGCUUUCAGUGCUCUUGCCGCUCUCGAGAAUGACGGACCUGGAUCGCCACCAUCUAAUCCCGCAUCACCCCCCGUGCAAAAGUCGCAGCCAAGCAUCGAACGAGAACGAUCGAGGUCACCGGACAAAAGCGCCGAGUGA